CUAGGUCAGAGUGACCAGUCUGCGUUGAAUUUUACCACGAAAACAAAAUAAAAUAUAUAAACGUUCGAUGUUAAUACCAAUUAGAUUAGAAUACAUUCGCUAAGGCUACAAACUGACUGCGCCAUUCGGUUAAGCACAUCGAAACAAAUGGACUAUUCGUUCAGUGAGAUAUGUGAAUGAUUCGAUGGUUUGCUAGAUCGUUUUCGGGUUAAUCCCUGAGGAAAAACCCGUUUAUCGACGUCGAUCGUGGGUUGGGGCGGUGUACGGUGGAGAAAGGGGAGUGGUUGGGGCAGAAGAACGAGUGGGGGAAGGAGGAGAAGCGAUAACAAGAACGACGCCGAAAAAAAGGUAGUUAACGAGUUGACAAGCCAAAAGCAACAAUAACAAGCUGGAAAGAAGGAGAGCUGGAAGUUGUUGGAACGAGUGAGAGGGUGCGAGCGAGAGAGGGCGAACGCACCUGGAACAGGUUACCCCUUCCAGCGUUCGUUCCACCGAAGAACGAAGAAUCUGCAUAAAGUUCGGAUUCUUUGGAAAGAAUAGAGGGAACCCAGCGCGAAGAAAACCCCGAAAUCUGAUCUUUUCCACAUUUGGAUUCCUUGGAGAAACGGGAGUCGAAACGCCAAGCGUAGAAACGUAUCGAAUUCGGAUUCUUCGGAACGAAAGAACACGAAAUUAGAGGCAGAAGACAGCUGAAGACCUCGACGCAAUGAAGCCAACUAGCAUAUUGUGUCUCCUGGUGGUGAUUCUUCUGCAUCCGCGCAGCUCGAAAUCCUCGACGAGCGGCAAUCCCAGUGCCAGUUCCAGUUCCAGUUCUCCGCCAGAAAUCCCCGCCUUCCGGCAAUGCGAAACCAUUCGCAUUGAGAUGUGCCGCAAGAUCGGCUACAAUGAGACCUCCAUGCCGAACCUGGUGGGUAACGAAAUGCAAACGGAUGUGGAGUACACACUGCAGACCUUUGCUCCACUGAUCGAGUACGACUGCAGUUCCCAGUUGAAGCUGUUCCUCUGCGCCGCCUACGUGCCCAUGUGCACACCCAAAGCACCCGUCCAUGCCAUCGGUCCCUGCCGGAGUCUCUGUGAGUCCGUGCGGAUACGUUGUCAUCCGGUUUUGCAGGGAUUCGGAUUUCCAUGGCCACCGGCUCUCGACUGCGAUAAGUUUCCGCGAGAAAACAACCAUGAGACCAUGUGCAUGGAGGGUCCGGGUGAAUUGCAUCAGCCGCAGCAGGAGCAGGAUCUGUAUGGGCUACCGGGGCAGGGAAUACCCGGUGGUUUGGGCGGUAAACUGCCCAUGGAUUGCUCGGGACUGGCCAAGUCGCAUCUAUAUGUAAGGCUACCCAGAUCUGGACGCUGUGCACCACUUUGCGAGGCAGAUAUACUGUUUACGCCGGCGGAGAAGCAUCUGGCGGAGAUCUGGGUCUCCACAUGGGCCUAUGCCGCUUUGGGUUUGGCCCUGGUGGCCACCGUGUGUCUUUUGGCCAGCGAUGGCAGUCGUUUGGCCAGCGCCAAGUGGUCCAGAUUGUUGUCACCGCUGAUUUGGUGCCACAACAUGGUCACCUUGGGCUGGGCCGUGCGUUUUAUGGUGGGAAGAACGGGCACUGCGUGCGGCACGGAUCCCCAGGCGCCCAAUGAAUCCCUACUCACCGUGGACGGACUGUCCAAUGCCUCCUGCGCCAGUGUCUUCCUUAUGCGCUACUACUUUGGAAUGGCCGCCUGCGCUUGGUGGGCUGUGCUCUGUUUGGGCUGGCACCGCGACAUUCGUCGGCACAGUCCGGACUCCAAGGGCCAUGUGGUCAUUCCCUCGAACUUUGGAGGCAGUCCGGCGAAGAGGAGCAGUGCCAAGACGGCUCAGCAGGAUCUUACGCAGAACAACUUUGUGUGCUUCGUGGCCUGGGGAUUGCCGGCCUUCCAAACGGCAGCUGUGAUCGUUGCCCGGUUCGUGGAUGCUGAUGAGUUGCUAGGCGCCUGUUUCGUAGGCAAUCAAUCGGAUAAGGCGCUACAGAUAUUGGUGGCCACGCCCGUCUUUUGCUACUGGAUCUUUGGCUCGAUGAAUCUGAUCUCCGGCUAUCUGGUGCACUGUCGCACCAAGGAGAUCCUGAGGAAUAGCAAUGCCCUCAGCUUGCAACAGCAACUGCAACAGCUAAGCGCACACAGUAGUUCCGGCAUUGGCAUAUUCCUUUUCAUCUAUGGACUCGCAUGUGCCCUGCUUCUGUUGGCCGUCAUUUACGAGUUUGCCAACAUCGAUGUCUGGCUGGGAUCGGGUGAUACCAAUACGCCACUGUGGCCAUUUUUGCUGCGCGCCUUCAUGGAGCUGAUGCUGGGCAUUUGCUGUUUUGCCUGGGUCCUUGGACCGAGCAUUUCCACUCUCUACAAGAGGCAAGUCAGCAAUGGCAAGAUGGUGAAGCAUACAUCUGCCGGAGCAGCAGCUGGGCACCUGGACGGGCACAGUAGCUUGCGUGGAUCGCAUGCGGCUUGCAAUAGCACGGUGGUCUCCUAUCACUCGGUGCGGACUUCCAUGGCCAGUGUUCCAUUGCCGCCGAGUCCGUACAAACUGAAGACUUCGCCUGGUGCCGGCUCCAUAUCGCUGAAUCAGAUGUCCAACUAUUCGCUGGGCAGGAGCGUCCAUCACCAGCAGCGCCAUUCGCCGCAUCAUCAUCAUCAGCACCAGCAGCAGCAUCAGCAUCAUCCCCACCACAAUCAGCAGCAUCACUCCACAUCCUCGCAUCGCCUGUAUUAUCCGCCAGGUAGCUAUGCCUCGCAAAAGUACAGCCAGCAUGGCAGCUACUAUCCCCACUUGCAGCACUACGGGAAUGAGACGCUGCUCUAGGCGGAAUUGGAUUAGGUAUCAUUUCAGGGCAGGAUUGCUUCCUGCUUCCAGUCAAUGUUCCUGCGGCAGCUGCUGUGCCAAAGUCAAUCCUGUACUAUAACUUAAUGCGUUUUUGGGUUUCGUAAAAGGCAAAGCAACUUGAAUGGGGAAACGGUCCAAUUUGUUUGUCAUAAAACGAUCGUGAGAUAACGAUAUCGUAAUUUCGAUUUUAGUUGCUUUGCCUGCCCAUAGAACACGAUGGUAACCACCUGUCUAUGUACUGUGUAUGUAACCCAGGAAAUGUGCUCUUAUUUAGUUUGGCCCUUUAUCGCGAGGUCAUAGGUCAUCUACAAUGUAUUUGUAAUUGCCCUAGAUGGGCUUCAUAUCCUAUUUUCGUGUGUACUUAAUGUUGCUCCUAAUUAGUUGCCUUUUUGCCGUUUUGGUGUAACCAAAUUCAAUAAUCGCUCUUGCCUUUUAGACAUUAGGACUUAAUGUCGCCUUUGCGUACAUAUUUAACAUAUAUUUACAUAUAUAUAGCAUUUUUAUAUAACUUUUUUUUGAGUUAGAGAGAGAGAAACGCGCAGCAACCAAAUACUGUGAUACGCAUGUUCAUGUCUUCAAACAAAAAAAAAGGGAACCAGAAACUAGGGUUCCAACUUUUUGCUGUCUUCUCCCGAUGCCGAAACAAGUGUACUUAACAAUCGAAAAACAAACGCAAUUGCAAUCGUAGCCUUAAUGCCUAAUUGUAUUCAGUGUGCCAUUAGCUUUAGGGACUAAACUGAAACGAGUCAAAAUCAUGAAAUUACCUUAAGAGUCCUUUUGCUAGCGAAGAACUUUGGCGGAAUUACUGAAGGUUUUUCUUCAACUCCUGCUGAUUUUCGCACAGAAAAGGGCCUACUUCUAAAUGUCCAACUAACUAGCUAAGGAAAUAACUAACCUUUAUACAUCUGGGGGCUCAUACGAAUCGUAUGGAGCCCAACUAACAGUAUAUGUAUUGUAUUGUAUUGUAUUUUGUAUGUGUAUUUUUUUUAUUAUCAUAUAUGUAUAACUUAUUUGCUAGCGAAUAAAGUGUCGAAAAGUUA